AUGACCGAUUUCGAUGAGUACGAGUAUCUGGAGAAGGCGGAAGACGAGAACCGGAGCAAACGGUCUCGUCGAGACGACGACAAGGAGAGGGACCGAGACAGAGAUCGCAGUGGGAAGGAUCGCGACAGAGACCGUGAGAGGGAGAAGGAUAAGGAUCGCAGCGGCCGGGACAAAGAUCGGGACAAAGAUCGGAGCGAUCGACACCGCGACAGGGAUCGGGACCGCAGCGACCGUGGAGAUCGGGACCGCGACAGGGAUCGGACUCGCGAGCGGGAAGGACACGAUCGGCACAGGGACAGGGACAGAGACCGUGAUCGGAGGAGAGGAGACAGAGACCGGGAUUACGAGAGGAGGCACAGAGAUCGGGAUAGGCGAGAGAAGAAGGAUAAGGAAUUGGAGCCAGAGCUUGACCCCGAAAGAGAUCAGCGCACCGUGUUUGCCUACCAGAUCAAUCUCAAGGCGGAUGAGAGGGACAUCUACGAGUUUUUCACCCAAGCUGGGAAGGUGCGCGACGUGCGUCUCAUCAUGGACCGUAACUCCCGUCGCUCCAAAGGUGUCGGCUACAUCGAGUUCUACGAUGUGAUGUCGGUGCCCAUGGCUAUAGCGCUGUCCGGUCAACUGCUUCUGGGGACGCCCGUGAUGGUCAAGCCAUCCGAGGCGGAGAAGAAUCUCGCGGCGCAGAACCCGCUGCCCGUCGUCGCGGGCAUGGGCGGGCUCCCGGGCGUGGCGGGCGCGGGGUUCCUGGUGCCGAGCCUUACGGCGUCGUCGCGGAAGCUGCACGUGGGGAACCUGCACGUGAACAUGAACGAGGAGCAGCUGCGCCAGGUGUUUGAGCCGUUUGGGGAGCUGGAGCUGGUGCAAGUUCCCACAGAGGACUCUGGAAAGUGCAAGGGAUUUGGCUUCGUCACGUAUGCCAAGGUGGAGGACGCACGGAUGGCAGGCAGCAACCUGCAGGGCCUUGAACUCGCAGGACUCGCUAUCAAGAUUACUCCUGUGCCUGACACCUAUGGCGUGGCUGACGCAGUGCAAGCAGUGCCAGGGCAACUGGACGAGGGCGAGGGUGGCAUGGCUCUGACAGCGCAGUCUCGUGCAGCUCUUAUGAUGAAGCUCGACCGCACAGGGGUGGCAGGGGCGCCGGUGCUGCCAUCACCAGCAGCGGUGAACCCAGCAGCCAUGGGUCUUCUCAGCAGCAGCCCCUUGGCCGCCAUGGGUCUCCGCCCUCCCAUCCUGCCUCCUGCUGGCGGCGGCCUCGCGUCCAUCCCUGGGGGAGCAGCAGCCGCAGCAGCAGCAGCAGCAGCGGCAGCGAACCCGCUCAUUGCUGCCGCUGCCGCUGCUGGUGGCGGGACGCCGCUGCCCCCUCCUGCUGCGGCAGCUGCUGCUGCUAUGGCGGCAGCAGCUGCAGCAGCUGGUGGUGGUGCUGCUCCAGCUGCUGCUGCUGCGGCGCCUGCGGCAGCAGAGGUGGUGGGGCCGCCUACGGAGUGUCUUCUACUCACCAACAUGUUCGACCCGUCUCAGGAUAUUGACGAGGAGUUUGAGCAGGACAUACGGGAGGACGUGGAGGACGAGUGCACCAAGUUUGGCCCAGUCAAGAAGGUCAAUGUCGACCGGCACAGCAGUGGGCACGUGUAUGUGCUGUUUGAGUCGGCCACAUCUGCAGCAGCAGCCCGUGCGGCACUGCACAACCGCUACUUUGCUGGCAAGGCCAUCAGCGCCACCUUCAUUACUCCUGCGCAAGUGGCGGCCAAGUUUGGUGCCACGGCGGCUGUUGCGCCUUCCGCGGGGGGCGCUCUUUCUAGUCUCUGGUCGCGCAGUUGCCCGCCCAGGCGAUGGCGGAGUGCGCCAGCUGCGAUGGGCGGGGCGCAAUCCGCGGACUCCGCCGAUGGAGCAGCGGCUGUCGGAACUGGCGCGGAAGCCGGAACUCCCCGAAACCCCUCUCCUUUCCCCCUUCCAAGCACGUUCCCUGUCCCCCUCACCUUACCUCUCACCCUCCAACAACCACCCAGCAGCAGCAGCAGCAGCAGCAGCGACAACGUGAACGACGACGCGCAGGUGGAGGAGUUGACGAGCGAGGAGGUGAUCGGCGCGCUGCAGCCGCUGAUCGAGGCGCAGCGCUGGCAGCGCAUGGCGCAGGCGGUGCGCGCGCGCACGUUCGCGGUGGUGCCCGUGGUGGAGGGGCUGGCGGACCUCGGGAAUGUCUCGGCCGUGUGCCGCACUGCUGAUGGGCUGGGGUUCCAAAACGAGUACCUGUCGUGGGAGUUUGAGAGCGAUAGUGACGGUGAGAGCAGUGAUGGUGCAGCGGUUGUGGAGCUCAAGAAACGGGGUUACCGCAUCGCCGUCACGUCCCUCUCUGAUCGAACUGUGCCUAUAUACGACGUGGACUGGACGAUACCUACUGCUAUUGUCUUUGGCAACGAGCACAGCGGUGUGUCAGAGGAGGUGGAGCGCGCAGCAGACGUGGUGGUGGGCAUCCCCAUGGUGGGCAUGGUCGAGUCCUUUAACAUCUCCGUCGCUGCCGCCCUCACCCUGCACCACGCCGCCCGCAUGCGCCUCGCCUCCCUGGGCUAUCACGGGGACUUAACACCAGAGCAGCAGCGCAUUCUGCUAGCGCACUUCGCCCUGCGCCAUCGCGGCUUCCGCUCCCGCAGUGUCGUGGAGCACCUAGUACACACUCGCGCCAAGGCCGCUGCUCAACAUGCUGCCGCCCUUGCUGCUGCCGCUGCUGCAGCCACUUCUCACAGCACUGACGCUGCUGCUGCUGCUGCUGCUGCAGUUUCUGAUGACGCUGCUGCUGCUGCUGCUGCUGCUGCUGGCAGGAGUGGUGGUGAAUUUAGACUGGGCAGCGCACGGCUGGGGGCAUCAGCACAGAGGGUGGAGAGGCCUGUGGGGGAAGAGAGGCGCGCAGGUGCUGCUGCAACGGAGGCUGGUAGUGAUGCUUUUGCAGCUGCUGCAGCUGCUGCUGGUGGUGGUUUUGGGCCCAGUGGUAUCCGUUACGCAGCAGAGGUGCCACCGAUUGGUUGCUGA